AUGUCGUCCUUCUUUCGCCGGCGCCAUGAGCCCGAGGACAUCACGCCUCUCCCCGCCGCCUCCGAGUGCGUCGAAGUAUCCGGCCUCGAGCAUCUAAAGUCCCUGGAGCGGAUGGAGAAGAAGGCUUUCAAAUUCGAUCCGAACCUUCCCAUCGACGAACUGAGCGAACUCGACGCUGCCAUCGCGACUGGAAAUGCCGAAAAGGGCGCCGAGAUCACCCAAGCCCUCAACGACGAUAAUAGCCCGUAUCCCGAGGUGCGAGCCGUCGUCCGAAACUUCGAUGUCGAUCUACCUGCAAAUACGAUCCGCGCUUGGUUGGUUGCCUACCCUAUAGGUCUUGGUUGGGAUCUCGUCAUGCCUGACAGGGAAUGGAAUCUAUGGGGACUGAAAUUUAACUUGAAGCCCGGCAAGUUCAACUACAAAGAGCAUGUCAUUAUCGUUGUCAUGUCCAAUGCUGCGUACGGUGGAGGAGCUUUGUAUGCAACUGACGUGCUGAUCGCUCAGCAACUCUUUUACGGCCAAAAUUUUGGCUGGGCCUUCCAGAUUCUUUUUGGUAUCACGACACUCUGCACUGGCUACGGCCUAGCUGGUCUAGCUCGGAGAUUCCUCGUUUGGCCCGCAUCUAUGAUUUGGCCCUCGGACCUUGUCAACUGCGCACUUUUCUAUACCCUCCACGACCACUCGCCCUCUGAUCCAUCCAAGACGAACGGCUGGAAGAUUGGCCGAUAUAGGCUGUUCCUCAUUGUGGGCACUGCCGGCUUUAUUUGGUACUGGUUUCCGGGCUGGAUCUUCCAAGGCCUCUCUUACUUCAUGUGGAUUUGCUGGAUCGCCCCUAACAAUGUGAUCGUCAACAAACUAUUCGGCGGUUACUCGGGAUACGGCCUGUUCCCCUUGACUUUUGACUGGACCGUUGUUUCUGGUUAUCUUACGUCGCCCCUGAUCCCGCCUUUCCACGCCAUCGCCAACGUCACUGCCGGCAUCAUCGUUUUCUUCGUCUUCCUCUCCAUGGGUAUUCACUUUACCGGUACCUGGUACUCGGAUUAUUUCCCCGUCCAAAGCUCCAUUUCGUAUGACAAUACCGGCAAGGAGUACAACGUCUCGCGCAUCUUGAACAGCCAGUUCCUUUUUGACGAGGAGGCGUACAAGGCGUACUCGCCUCUCUUCUUGUCCACCCAAUUUGCUCUCGCGUACGGUCUAUCCUUCGCCGCUGUCACUGCGGUUGUUGUCCAUGUCGCUUUAUAUCACGGCAAGGAGAUCUGGAAGCAAUUCAGGAUGGCGCGCCAUCAGGAGGACGAUGUGCACAUGAGGCUGAUGAAGAAGUAUCGUGAUGCUGAGGAUUGGUGGUAUCUUGCUCUGUUCCUUGUGAUGGUUGGAAUUUCGUUCGGUGUUGUCGCUGGCUGGCCUACCGGUUUCCCCGCUUGGGCUUAUGUCGUCUGCAUUCUCCUCCCCGCAAUCUGGCUCCUUCCGAUCGGUAUCGUCCAGGCCAUCACGAACAUCCAGCUUGGCUUGAACGUGCUCACCGAGUUUAUCAUUGGUUACAUGGUCCCCGGUCGCCCUAUGGCCAUGAUGAUGUUUAAGAACUAUGGCUACAUUUGCAUGUCCCAAGCCUUGUAUUUCGCUCAGGAUUUGAAGCUUGGCCACUACAUGAAGGUACCGCCGCGCGUCAUGUUCUCCUCCCAGCUCAUCGCCUCGAUCUGGUCCGCUAUUGUUCAAAUCAUCGUCAUGAACUGGGCCCUCGCCAACAUUCCCAACGUCUGCGACCUGCAGCAGGAGAACGACUACACCUGCCCCGGUGGUCGUGUCUUCUUUACCGCCUCCAUUAUCUGGGGUGCCAUUGGCCCCGCCCGCAUCUUUAGCGGACAGGCCAUCUACCACAGCCUCCAGUGGUUCUGGCUCGUCGGCGCUCUUGCUCCGAUCCUCACCUGGGUCCUUGCUAGGCGCUGGCCCCGCUCUAUCUGGCGCUACGUCAGCACGCCCCUUAUUUUUGGCGGCUCCGGUUGGCUCCCGCCCGCCAGUGUCUACAUCUACUUCUGCUGGGCUAUCGUCGGCACCAUCUUCAAUUUCUUCAUCAAGAGACGCUAUACCGGAUGGUGGCUUCAGUACAACUAUAUCCUGUCCGCUGCCUUGGACUGCGGUCUGAUUCUGUCCACCAUGGUCAUCUUUUUCACUCUUUACCUCACCUCGGCGCAAGCUCCCCAAUGGUGGGGCAACAGCGCCGCCGUGAGCACGAUGGAUUACAAGGGAACGUCAUUCAAGUCCUUUGUGCCCGAGGGUGAAACGAUUGGUCCCAAGGUGUGGCCAUGA